AUGGUCCAGCAAUUGGCCUUACUUGAUCCAAUAUUUAAGAAUUUAUUAGGCAAUGAUUCUAACCCAAAGACAUUUUCAGAAUGUUUUUCACUUCUUGUCGAAGCAAUUGAAACAAAAUUAUCUUUUACUGCAAUUAAUUUUUCAGAGCUACUGGAAAAAAGAGUUCGGUCGAGAUUCAAUCCUCGAUCGAUUUUCCUUCGUGAGGGAAAUUCUUCAUCCCUUGGAUCGUUUUCUUUGUUGUGUUCGAAGGCGUUUAACAUACCGCAAUCGAUCGAUUCCCUUCCGUCUUCUUUUAUUGACGAAUUUAAUGAACGAAUUGAAAAUUUAUUUUCAGAUUCCUCUGAACUUGUAGAUGCUUUAAAGGCAUAUUAUUUGGCUUUUGAUGUUCCUUAUCAGAUGCUCCAGAAACUAAUCCCCGUAAUAUAUUCCCUUUCUGUCACAGAUCCUUUUAUCACGGCCACCUUACUGAAAGAUGUGAUUGAAUCGCAAACUGCGGAUCAACAUUAUCAAGCCGUAAAACGUUUGAUUUCUCAAGGUCUUAUAGUGAUUGAUGGAAAAUCUCCAAUCGAAUUUGAAGGUUUAACACUCGCAGUAAAUCCCAGAACCCUUGUUAGGGCUAUGGAGGGCCUGGAAAGAUGCCCCACUAUAAUUAGAUCUUGGCUCAGAGAAGAUGGGGUUAACCCCUCAUGA